GUAGACCAGUAAUCGAAAUGAAAGAGUUGCUUACACAACACGAGAAACGUCCAGAACCAAUUGUACACAAAAAAUUACAAGCAAUGGUACAACCGACCACCACUAACACAGAGACUCAGACGAUGGAAGAGAGACCACCACCUGUUAUCUUGCCACCAAAGUUAUUCGACGUCCAAACACAAUCAGGAUCAGUGACGAUAGAUUCAGAAACACAAACACCACAAGAACGUAGACCAGUAAUCGAAAUGAAAGAGUUGCUUACACAACACGAGAAACGUCCAGAACCAAUUGUACACAAAAAAUUACAAGCAAUGGUACAACCGACCACCACUAACACAGAGACUCAGACGAUGGAAGAGAGACCACCACCUGUUAUCUUGCCACCAAAGUUAUUCGACGUCCAAACACAAUCAGGAUCAGUGACGAUAGAUUCAGAAACACAAACACCACUAGAACGUAGGCCAGUGGUCGCGACUAAAGAUGCAAGUGUACAUCAAGAAACAAAACCUGUUCAAUCAAUUCCCAAGAAGUUACAGGCUACAGUCGUCCCACCACUUGAAAACAUGGCUACACAAACAGAUUCAUUAGCACAACCUGUUGUCGUGCCCAUGGUGAAAACUACGCAUCAUGAACCACAAACACAAGAAACACCGACACAAACUGAGCGAGUGACAUUAAAAGAUGAACAAUCAUUUACGUCAUUCAAAUUGAAAACAUACGAUGUUCAGACUCAGUUUGGAAGUAUGCUUAAGUCACAGGCAGCACAAACGCCAGGUGAACAGAGACCCGUCGUCGAAAUGAAAGACAUGAUUACACAACACGAGAAACGCCCAGAACCAAUUGUACACAAAAAAUUACAAGCAAUGGUACAACCGACCACCAUUAACACAGAGACUCAGACGAUGGAAGAGAGACCACCACCUGUUAUCUUGCCACCAAAGUUAUUCGACGUCCAAACACAAUCAGGAUCAGUGACGAUAGAUUCAGAAACACAAACACCACAAGAACGUAGACCAGUAAUCGAAAUGAAAGAGUUGCUUACACAACACGAGAAACGUCCAGAACCAAUUGUACACAAAAAAUUACAAGCAAUGGUACAACCGACCACCAUUAACACAGAGACUCAGACGAUGGAAGAGAGACCACCACCUGUUAUCUUGCCACCAAAGUUAUUCGACGUCCAAACACAAUCAGGAUCAGUGACGAUAGAUUCAGAAACACAAACACCACUAGAACGUAGGCCAGUGGUCGCGACUAAAGAUGCAAGUGUACAUCAAGAAACAAAACCUGUUCAAUCAAUUCCCAAGAAGUUACAGGCUACAGUCGUCCCACCACUUGAAAACAUGGCUACACAAACAGAUUCAUUAGCACAACCUGUUGUCGUGCCCAUGGUGAAAACUACGCAUCAUGAACCACAAACACAAGAAACACCGACACAAACUGAGCGAGUGACAUUAAAAGAUGAACAAUCAUUUACGUCAUUCAAAUUGAAAACAUACGAUGUUCAGACUCAGUUUGGAAGUAUGCUUAAGUCACAGGCAGCACAAACGCCAGGUGAACAGAGACCCGUCGUCGAAAUGAAAGACAUGAUUACACAACACGAGAAACGUCCAGAACCAAUUGUACACAAAAAAUUACAAGCAAUGGUACAACCGACCACCAUUAACACAGAGACUCAGACGAUGGAAGAGAGACCACCACCUGUUAUCUUGCCACCAAAGUUAUUCGACGUCCAAACACAAUCAGGAUCAGUGACGAUAGAUUCAGAAACACAAACACCACUAGAACGUAGGCCAGUGGUCGCGACUAAAGAUGCAAGUGUACAUCAAGAAACAAAACCUGUUCAAUCAAUUCCCAAGAAGUUACAGGCUACAGUCGUCCCACCACUUGAAAACAUGGCUACACAAACAGAUUCAUUAGCACAACCUGUUGUCGUGCCCAUGGUGAAAACUACGCAUCAUGAACCACAAACACAAGAAACACCGACACAAACUGAGCGAGUGACAUUAAAAGAUGAACAAUCAUUUACGUCAUUCAAAUUGAAAACAUACGAUGUUCAGACUCAGUUUGGAAGUAUGCUUAAGUCACAGGCAGCACAAACGCCAGGUGAACAGAGACCCGUCGUCGAAAUGAAAGACAUGAUUACACAACACGAGAAACGCCCAGAACCAAUUGUACACAAAAAAUUACAAGCAAUGGUACAACCGACCACCACUAACACAGAGACUCAGACGAUGGAAGAGAGACCACCACCUGUUAUCUUGCCACCAAAGUUAUUCGACGUCCAAACACAAUCAGGAUCAGUGACGAUAGAUUCAGAAACACAAACACCACAAGAACGUAGACCAGUAAUCGAAAUGAAAGAGUUGCUUACACAACACGAGAAACGUCCAGAACCAAUUGUACACAAAAAAUUACAAGCAAUGGUACAACCGACCACCAUUAACACAGAGACUCAGACGAUGGAAGAGAGACCACCACCUGUUAUCUUGCCACCAAAGUUAUCCGACGUCCAAACACAAUCAGGAUCAGUGACGAUAGAUUCAGAAACACAAACACCACACGAACAGAAACUAAUACCAGAUAUAAAGGAUGUGAGUGUAUUUCAUGAGUCACAUCAUGUACAAACAGUAAACAAGAAACUUCAAGCUGUGGUAUACCAUCCAUCUGACGAUGCGGGUGUGCAAACCGAAGAGGUAAGCGUACAACCCGUCAAACCCGUUGCUCAGGUGUUUUCACGAGCUCCGCAAGUUGCACAUAAGCAAACACAAGCAGAAUGGCUGAAGGUCAAUAUAAAAACAUUUGAUAUACAAGCACAAUCAGGGAUGGUAGUCAAGACACAGUCAACACAAACUAUUCUAGAAGAACAACCAGUAUUCAAUACUACAGACGUCAGUGUGAUUCAUAGUGAAAAAUCACCUUCACUGGUGAACAAGAAACUUCAAGUAAACAUGCGUCAAUCAGUUGACAACACAAGCACACAGACUGAUCCGAUGACUCAAGUCCCUACUGUAUUACCGAAAACCACGUUCGAUGUUGUGACUCAGUCUGGUACUAUCCACUGUGCACAGUCAGUUCAGACCAUUCCAGAGGAACGACCAGUAUUCCAUACUGCAGACGUCAGUGUGAUUCAUAGUGAAAAAUCACCUUCAUUAGUAGGCAAGAAGGUUCAGGCAACAAUGCGUCGAUCAUUUGACAACACAAGCACACAGACUGAUCCGAUGACUCAAGUCCCUACUGCAUUACCGAAAACCACGUUCGAUGUUGUGACUCAGUCUGGUACUAUCCACUGUGCACAGUCAGUUCAGACCAUUCCAGAGGAACGCCCGGUAUACCACACUGUCGGUGUGGGAGUUGAUCAUACUGGGAAAUUGCAGCCCGUGUUAUACGAGAACGUUCAGGCAACAAUGCGUCAAUCAGUUGACAACACAAGCACACAGACUGAUCCGAUGACUCAAAUCCCUACUGCAUUACCGAAAACCACGUUCGAUGUUGUGACUCAGUCUGGUACUGUCCACAUUGCACAGUCAGUUCAGACCAUUCCAGAGGAACGACCAGUAUUCCAUACUGCAGACGUCAGUGUGAUUCAUAGUGAAAAAUCACCUUCAUUAGUAGGCAAGAAGGUUCAGGCAACAAUGCGUCAAUCAGUUGACAACACAAGCACACAGACUGAUCCGAUGACUCAAGUCCCUACUGUAUUACCGAAAACCACGUUCGAUGUUGUGACUCAGUCUGGUACUAUCCACUGUGCACAGUCAGUUCAGACCAUUCCAGAGGAACGACCAGUAUUCCAUACUGCAGACGUCAGUGUGAUUCAUAGUGAAAAAUCACCUUCAUUAGUAGGCAAGAAGGUUCAGGCAACAAUGCGUCAAUCAGUUGACAACACAAGCACACAGACUGAUCCGAUGACUCAAGUCCCUACUGUAUUACCGAAAACCACGUUCGAUGUUGUGACUCAGUCUGGUACUAUCCACUGUGCACAGUCAGUUCAGACCAUUCCAGAGGAACGCCCGGUAUACCACACUGUCGGUGUAGGAGUUGAUCAUACUGGGAAAUUGCAGCCCGUGUUAUACGAGAACGUUCAGGCAACAAUGCGUCAAUCAGUUGACAACACAAGCACACAGACUGAUCCGAUGACUCAAAUCCCUACUGUAUUACCGAAAACCACGUUCGAUGUUGUGACUCAGUCUGGUACUAUCCACUGUGCACAGUCAGUUCAGACCAUUCCAGAGGAACGACCAGUAUUCCAUACUGCAGACGUCAGUGUGAUUCAUAGUGAAAAAUCACCUUCAUUAGUAGGCAAGAAGGUUCAGGCAACAAUGCGUCAAUCAGUUGACAACACAAGCACACAGACUGAUCCGAUGACUCAAGUCCCUACUGUAUUACCGAAAACCACGUUCGAUGUUGUGACUCAGUCUGGUACUAUCCACUGUGCACAGUCAGUUCAGACCAUUCCAGAGGAACGACCAGUAUUCCAUACUGCAGACGUCAGUGUGAUUCAUAGUGAAAAAUCACCUUCAUUAGUAGGCAAGAAGGUUCAGGCAACAAUGCGUCAAUCAGUUGACAACACAAGCACACAGACUGAUCCGAUGACUCAAAUCCCUACUGUAUUACCGAAAACCACGUUCGAUGUUGUGACUCAGUCUGGUACUGUCCACUGUGCACAGUCAGUUCAGACCAUUCCAGAGGAACGACCAGUAUUCCAUACUGCAGACGUCAGUGUGAUUCAUAGUGAAAAAUCACCUUCACUGGUGAACAAGAAACUUCAGGCAACAAUGCGUCAAUCAGUUGACAACACAAGCACACAGACUGAUCCGAUGACUCAAAUCCCUACUGUAUUACCGAAAACCACGUUCGAUGUUGUGACUCAGUCUGGUACUAUCCACUGUGCACAGUCAGUUCAGACCAUUCCAGAGGAACGACCAGUAUUCCAUACUGCAGACGUCAGUGUGAUUCAUAGUGAAAAAUCACCUUCAUUAGUAGGCAAGAAGGUUCAGGCAACAAUGCGUCAAUCAGUUGACAACACAAGCACACAGACUGAUCCGAUGACUCAAGUCCCUACUGCAUUACCGAAAACCACGUUCGAUGUUGUGACUCAGUCUGGUACUAUCCACUGUGCACAGUCAGUUCAGACCAUUCCAGAGGAACGCCAGGUAUACCACACUGUCGGUGUGGGAGUUGAUCAUACUGGGAAAUUGCAGCCCGUGUUAUACGAGAACGUUCAGGCAACAAUGCGUCAAUCAGUUGACAACACAAGCACACAGACUGAUCCGAUGACUCAAAUCCCUACUGUAUUACCGAAAACCACGUUCGAUGUUGUGACUCAGUCUGGUACUGUGUCUCUUACUGUUGGUUGUCAAGCUGUUCUUAUAUCGGAAGAUUUUUUGAUGAAAGAUGUUGCUGCUGAUUAUAUCAGAUCGGUCAAUUCUUGUUUCUCUAAAGCUGUCCAAGCUAGCAUACAAGUUGAACGUAAAAAUAUUGAAAUACAGUGUCUGAUAAAAGAUAAACGUGUAAUUAGUAUUCGGAAUGCAGAAGCUCAAUUCGACGUACUUUGUCGUCAGGAAGGAACUCAAACAUUUAGUUUACCUUUAACAACUACGAAAGAAGGAAGUGUUCAGCACGCACCAACGACUACACAAAUAAUAAAUAAAAAGCUACAAGUAACUAUUUCCCAGUCAGUUCGAGAGGCAGCCGCGCAAACAUACGAAUCAAUACCAGUCGUAACAGUACCCACGAUGCAAAGAAUUCAUCACUCUGUACAGACACAUGAAAUAUCAUCACAAACUGACAGUCUAGAAUUUUUUGAUCGUCAGUCCUACGCGCAAAUCAAAUCUCAAACAAAUGAUGUAGAAAUACAAUCAGGAAUCAUUUGCAAAUCACAGGGAUUGCAGACAAAAUUAGAGCAUAAAACAUUCGGAAUGACGAAAGAAACUAGUACACAGUAUGAGGCAGUACAAAGAACAAUGAUAAAUAUAGAUAUUCAGGCAGAUGCUCAACAUCCAGUGUCCAAAACUUACGUCCAAACAGAUGACAGUCAACUGAUAAAUAUCAGGCAGAAACACCAGACGAAUGUACAGACACAAUCAGGAAUCAUUCAAAAAGACCAAGGAGCACAAACACUAGAAGAGGUCCACACCACAGUGAACAAGACCGACGUCAGUGUAAAUCAUGAAUUCAAAAAUCGACAAAUUAACAAGAAGUUGCAAGCAACAAUAAUGUCUCAAAUGAAAGACGUAGUCAUACAAACAGAAUUAGUAGGAACCUCUGUACAUCCAACACCUACAAAAACUACAUUUGAUGUGCAAACACAAUCAGGAUCAGUGACGAUAGAUUCAGAAACACAAACACCACACGAACAGAAACUAAUACCAGAUAUAAAGGAUGUGAGUGUAUUUCAUGAGUCACAUCAUGUACAAACAGUAAACAAGAAACUUCAAGCUGUGGUAUACCAUCCAUCUGACGAUGCGGGUGUGCAAACCGAAGAGGUAAGCGUACAACCCGUCAAACCCGUUGCUCAGGUGUUUUCACGAGCUCCGCAAGUUGCACAUAAGCAAACACAAGCAGAAUGGCUGAAGGUCAAUAUAAAAACAUUUGAUAUACAAGCACAAUCAGGGAUGGUAGUCAAGACACAGUCAACACAAACUAUUCUAGAAGAACAACCAGUAUUCAAUACUACAGACGUCAGUGUGAUUCAUAGUGAAAAAUCACCUUCACUGGUGAACAAGAAACUUCAAGUAAACAUGCGUCAAUCAGUUGACAACACAAGCACACAGACUGAUCCGAUGACUCAAGUCCCUACUGUAUUACCGAAAACCACGUUCGAUGUUGUGACUCAGUCUGGUACUAUCCACUGUGCACAGUCAGUUCAGACCAUUCCAGAGGAACGCCCGGUAUACCACACUGUCGGUGUAGGAGUUGAUCAUACUGGGAAAUUGCAGCCCGUGUUAUACGAGAACGUUCAGGCAACAAUGCGUCAAUCAGUUGACAACACAAGCACACAGACUGAUCCGAUGACUCAAAUCCCUACUGUAUUACCGAAAACCACGUUCGAUGUUGUGACUCAGUCUGGUACUGUCCACUGUGCACAGUCAGUUCAGACCAUUCCAGAGGAACGACCAGUAUUCCAUACUGCAGACGUCAGUGUGAUUCAUAGUGAAAAAUCACCUUCAUUAGUAGGCAAGAAGGUUCAGGCAACAAUGCGUCAAUCAGUUGACAACACAAGCACACAGACUGAUCCGAUGACUCAAGUCCCUACUGUAUUACCGAAAACCACGUUCGAUGUUGUGACUCAGUCUGGUACUAUCCACUGUGCACAGUCAGUUCAGACCAUUCCAGAGGAACGACCAGUAUUCCAUACUGCAGACGUCAGUGUGAUUCAUAGUGAAAAAUCACCUUCAUUAGUAGGCAAGAAGGUUCAGGCAACAAUGCGUCAAUCAGUUGACAACACAAGCACACAGACUGAUCCGAUGACUCAAAUCCCUACUGUAUUACCGAAAACCACGUUCGAUGUUGUGACUCAGUCUGGUACUAUCCACUGUGCACAGUCAGUUCAGACCAUUCCAGAGGAACGACCAGUAUUCCAUACUGCAGACGUCAGUGUGAUUCAUAGUGAAAAAUCACCUUCAUUAGUAGGCAAGAAGGUUCAGGCAACAAUGCGUCAAUCAGUUGACAACACAAGCACACAGACUGAUCCGAUGACUCAAGUCCCUACUGUAUUACCGAAAACCACGUUCGAUGUUGUGACUCAGUCUGGUACUAUCCACUGUGCACAGUCAGUUCAGACCAUUCCAGAGGAACGACCAGUAUUCCAUACUGCAGACGUCAGUGUGAUUCAUAGUGAAAAAUCACCUUCAUUAGUAGGCAAGAAGGUUCAGGCAACAAUGCGUCAAUCAGUUGACAACACAAGCACACAGACUGAUCCGAUGACUCAAGUCCUUACUGUAUUACCGAAAACCACGUUCGAUGUUGUGACUCAGUCUGGUACUAUCCACUGUGCACAGUCAGUUCAGACCAUUACAGAGGAACGCCCGGUAUACCACACUGUCGGUGUAGGAGUUGAUCAUACUGGGAAAUUGCAGCCCGUGUUAUACGAGAACGUUCAGGCAACAAUGCGUCAAUCAGUUGAAAACACAAGCACACAGACUGAUCCGAUGACUCAAAUCCCUACUGUAUUACCGAAAACCACGUUCGAUGUUGUGACUCAGUCUGGUACUGUCCACUGUGCACAGUCAGUUCAGACCAUUCCAGAGGAACGACCAGUAUUCCAUACUGCAGACGUCAGUGUGAUUCAUAGUGAAAAAUCACCUUCAUUAGUAGGCAAGAAGGUUCAGGCAACAAUGCGUCAAUCAGUUGACAACACAAGCACACAGACUGAUCCGAUGACUCAAGUCCCUACUGUAUUACCGAAAACCACGUUCGAUGUUGUGACUCAGUCUGGUACUAUCCACUGUGCACAGUCAGUUCAGACCAUUCCAGAGGAACGACCAGUAUUCCAUACUGCAGACGUCAGUGUGAUUCAUAGUGAAAAAUCACCUUCAUUAGUAGGCAAGAAGGUUCAGGCAACAAUGCGUCAAUCAGUUGACAACACAAGCACACAGACUGAUCCGAUGACUCAAGUCCCUACUGUAUUACCGAAAACCACGUUCGAUGUUGUGACUCAGUCUGGUACUAUCCACUGUGCACAGUCAGUUCAGACCAUUUUAGAGGAACGACCACGAUUCGAUAAUGUUGAUGUGAGCGUUGAUCAUUUUGAGACUGUGCCUAUUGUUCGAUCAACUAUCUCAUCGACCAUGCAUACACUUCCAAACACUUCACAAUCAACACAAACCACACCUACUAUAGUAGUUGAUACAUUCUGUCAAGCGACGUUAUCUUCUACUACAUACGAUGUCCAAAUUCAAUCUGGAGUAAUGCAUUCAAUAGAUGGGACACAGACUGUCGAUUUAAGGUCACCAAUUGAGAUGAAAGAAAUGAGUGUCGCACACGAGAAGGAACGAACUGUUCUGAAAGGGAAGAAACUUCAGGUUCAUUGUGAUUCAACUGAUUUGGGAGUCCAAACAGAUCAAAUUACUCCCGUUGUUCGAUCAACAAUCUCAUCGACCAUGCAUACUCUUCCAAACACUUCACAAUCAACACAAACCACACCUACUAAACUAGCUGAUACAUUCUGUCAAGCGACGUUAUCUUCUACUACAUACGAUGUCCAAAUUCAAUCUGGAGUAAUGCAUUCAAUAGAUGGGACACAGACUGUCGAUUUAAGGUCACCAAUUGAGAUGAAAGAAAUGAGUGUCGCACACGAGAAGGAACGAACUGUUCUGAAAGGGAAGAAACUUCAGGUUCAUUGUGAUUCAACUGAUUUGGGAGUCCAAACAGAUCAAAUUACUCCCGUUGUUCGAUCAACAAUCUCAUCGACCAUGCAUACUCUUCCAAACACUUCACAAUCAACACAAACCACACCUACUAAACUAGCUGAUACAUUCUGUCAAGCGACGUUAUCUUCUACUACAUACGAUGUCCAAAUUCAAUCUGGAGUAAUGCAUUCAAUAGAUGGGACACAGACUGUCGAUUUAAGGUCACCAAUUGAGAUGAAAGAAAUGAGUGUCGCACACGAGAAGGAACGAACUGUUCUGAAAGGGAAGAAACUUCAGGUUCAUUGUGAUUCAACUGAUUUGGGAGUCCAAACAGAUCAAAUUACUCCCGUUGUUCGAUCAACAAUCUCAUCGACCAUGCAUACUCUUCCAAACACUUCACAAUCAACACAAACCACACCUACUAAACUAGCUGAUACAUUCUGUCAAGCGACGUUAUCUUCUACUACAUACGAUGUCCAAAUUCAAUCUGGAGUAAUGCAUUCAAUAGAUGGGACACAGACUGUCGAUUUAAGGUCACCAAUUGAGAUGAAAGAAAUGAGUGUCGCACACGAGAAGGAACGAACUGUUCUGAAAGGGAAGAAACUUCAGGUUCAUUGUGAUUCAACUGAUUUGGGAGUCCAAACAGAUCACAUUAUGUCUACUGUUCACUUGGACAGUAAAUUAACUCAAACUGGUUUAGUUCGUUAUACGGAUGUAUCAUGUCAGUAUACUGAACUCACAAAGCCUUCAUCAACUAGUCAUGCAGUAACGUCCAGAGUUGUUAGCAUUCAAACAGAUGUGCCUUUUUCAACAAACGUACGUGUGGAUCAACGAAACAAGAAAUUCCAAGUGAAUCUAAUAUCACCUUCAUCACCAAAGACUCCAAUAAAUGUAGCCUCUAUAGGAACACAAACUUCAGAUUAUAGAUACCAGGAUAUAAGUAUUGAACAGGUUGAUAAAACAAUAGUUUCAUCAGUGGAUGCACAUGUGGUUCAUGAUUCAGCGUCUAAUGUGACAAACACUUCACAAGCAAUACCAAAAAUAAAAAUAGAUCAAGAGUGCCAAGUAAAAAUAACUCCUCAACAAUAUCAAAAGAAACUUCAGUAUGGUUCCUCAUUUUCUACAUUAAAAAAUACGUCUUCUCAAACUAUACAGGACAGUUGUCUUUAUGACCAUCAUAAAACUUCUCCGUCAUCAAGUAUUGGAGUUCAGGCAGGCAAUAUACGACCAGUAGUUACAGUAGAUACAGGGACUCAAGAAACAAGACCAAGUGAGACUUCUCCAUCACCUUUACAAGUUAAGAACAAAAAACUACAAGUCUACCCAUCUAAACUUGGUGAACAAGUAGAAGAAGAAUUUACACAUCCUCAAGAGACAAUCUCCAAAGGAAUGUCAACCUCAUUAACUGAGAUAACACAAACAGAUGAGUGUUUACUAAAAAAUAUUGAAUGUUUCAAGUGUAUAUCACGGGGAUAUGAUAAGAAAACAAUUGAUAAAGAUAUGCAAUCGGAAGAAAAAUCAAUAAGAACAAAACAAACAGCAUCCAGUACAGUGAAAUCAAAUUACUAUACACGUAUUCUCCAAAUGGAAACUAUUCCUGACAAGCCAAAAGCAUCAGACACAUCCGAUGUGCUGAAACUAUACAGAGAGUCCGGCUAUAGAGCUAGGGGUGAAUCAAAGAAUAUCCAAACUGAUACGUUUUUGUUGGGAAGUAUUCAAUUACCUGAAAGUAGGGAAGUUGAUAGCAUAGGAAAAAUUUCGAAAAAGACCACAAUUGUUCAGUUAGAAAAGUUAACCACGGAUAAGUGUGUAGAUACUAUGCCCUUUGUAAAAGGACUUAUAGAAUCUCAAAUAUCCUAUCAUGAUACCCAGAUAUCUGAAAGGAGAAAUAUAAAGUUACUAAAAGAAACACCAUGGUCAGAAGCACAAGAUAUUCAGUAUGAAAUAAGACAUCCUCAAAUAAUAGAUUCAAGUGGAAGUUACUCACCUCAACAAAAUUCAGUUGCAGUUAGUGCACGACCAACUACUCAUAUGCUUGCUCAUACAGAAUCAACAAGCAGAAAUGGAAAUGGAAAGGCUAAGACACCGUAUCAAUAUUUAAAACCAGAUGUUGUAAGUUGGGGAGUACAAUUUGCACCAGUGACACUUACUGGGGUAACGCAAACCACUGAAUCUUCGAAACAUAAGUUAACUAUUGAUUCACCAGUAAAUAUAGGUGUACAAACUGAUGCGAUUGAAGAUGACUAUUAUAUAAAAAGAGUUGUGACGACAAUAGCUAGGAAAGGUUUGUCAUCUUAUUGUCGUCGAGGUCCAGUAGCCAAAAGAAUUGUCGAACACACUGAUCUAUUGACAUCGAGUUUACCUAGUAACCUAGAUGAAGAGUUUGAUGAAGAAACAACAACUGCACCAAGAACAACGAAGGUCACAACUAUGCAAAAACGUGGAGAUCGUCGAGUAGUACAUGAAGAGUUACUUACAGAGGACUAUAGGGAAAGAGGAAGUUCACUUGACUCUCAUGUAGCCCACGAACGGUUUCUGAGAGAAACACACCCACAGGAUAUCGAUUUGCAUGGAAUGCAUGAACAUGAGACAGGCAUAUAUACUGAUGCUGAAAUCUGUUUGCAGAAUUUACUGAAAGUUUGGGGAGAGCAAUACUUGCUUUCUAGAUUAAGAACGAUCGGUAGAUACUCAGGGCUUUCAGUUAGUCUUGAUCGAAGUAUACAUACAGCAGAAAAAUCACGGCUAGUUGAAGCGAAGACACAGUUUACUUCAACGGGAAACUUAGUGAGUCAAAUCAGAAAUCUUGAGAACAUGGGAACACAGACUAGUGAUAUUCUCCUUACCACUCGACCUCCACAUAAAAAUAAACGGAUACAACGUGGUCGUAGCUUCAUUUCUGGAGGAACGAAUCAGCCACCACCGACGCGUAGUGGCUCGGUAGUAAGUCCACUGUCGCCGACUACCGAAGAACUGACAAGUCACCAUCGUCAGCACGGGAUAACAAGCAUGCAGACACGUACUUCUCAUCCAUUUAAUUUGGCCACUACCACAUUUACAGAGACUACACAAGAGCAAUCGACAUUCAGUAUUGAACAUACAGUCCAGACUUAUAUAUGUCCAACAUGUGGGAGUCAAGCUAGUAUCCCAGUGACCGUUCAUUCACAAAUACAACCUCAAACACUUCCAAUAACGCAAUUAAAAGACGCCCAAUCACAAACUCGGUUUGUGGGGCAGAUGACAGCUGAUAAUAACUGCACAUAUCUACCAACUUACCUAAGUGAUGAGGAAGUAAUUCGCAUAAAUCAGAGCCAGAAAAUUGAAGACAGAGAAUUUUCGGUGGUGACAUGGCAUCCAGCAGAAAUACGAGAUACAGAACGCCGUAGGGAUAGCGACACAAGUAAUCAGAUACGAGAUGAAGUUUGGGUUGAUAGUCCUGGGAAACUGCUGGAACUCAAAAUAACUGGAGUAAUAGUACCUGGAACAAGCAAAAUCGUUAGCGCAAGUGAAGCGUUUUAUCGUGGUCUACUAAGAGUAGUAUACUGGGAUUAUGAAAAACUUGGACCUAGGCAAUCAUCAGUAGAUUCAACAGUUUCCAUACCACUGGCAGAUGCAGUGAUUUCUAAGGCAGUUCGGUUAGCUAGUGAUAGAAUAUCAACAGAAGCGCAGCCAUCAUUGGAUGCCAAAAUAGUUUGGAGAACACCAGAGAUACAACGAAGUAGGUAUCUAGUACAUUCAAUUAGACCUGAUGCAGGUCAAAACAAACAUAAUCCAAUUAAUCUGGACAUUGCAUCUGCAAUACGAGCUGGUCUAAUUGACAAAGAAACCGGUCGAAUGUUGUUUACACAUUCUGUUUACGAGUCACCAUUCAGUACUGAUUCACCGAUAAGUAAAAAAGGCGAUAGUAGCUCUGACCAAACUGAACGAUUGUCUGUCAGAGAAGCAAUUUUACGCGGAUUUUUAGUUGCAGAAUUAAUAGAACCAGAAUCAUCGUAUAUAACAAAGCAAAGCUUACCAUUUAUUGUCCCAAGCACAAGUUAUUCACACUCUCCAACUGAUGUUGACAUUUGACCUGUUGCUUAAUUAUUAUUAUUAUUAUCAUUGAAAAUAAGCGAAUACACAUGAAAUCUGUUUUGUAACCUAGAAAAACUGACCCUCGUCUGUGCAUAAGUAUGGUUCUCUUCCACAGAAAAAGUCGCAUUAUUCAAUCAGCAAUACGUUGUAUGCGUGUGUAGCCAAUUAUUUCAAGUAUCAACUUACUCCUUUUUUGUUUUUCGUCGUGUUUUUCCUCUUAAACAACAAAACAAAACGAAAACUAUCACUUACCUAAUCAAAUAUCCAAUAUAAACAACCAUAAAAAUAAUAAUUUCUAUUU